UGGAAUGUCACAGAAUCUGCGUAGGAGCUUAUCAUAUUCCCCAUCCGUGGCCUCCCCAUUUAAGCUGAAGCACAUCUCGCGCUGUCCGUCCUCGAGGAGCAAGCAGCGAUGGCGCAGGAGAUCGAGCACACCCACCUCCCCAUCCGCGGCAUCAACAUCCACGUCGCGCAGGUCGGCAAAGGUGAGCUUGGGACGGUGGUGUUCCUGCAUGGUUUCCCGGAGAUUUGGUACUCGUGGCGCCACCAGAUGCUGGCCGUGGCCGCGGCGGGGUACCGCGCCAUCGCGCCGGACUGCCGCGGGUACGGCCUCUCCGACCAGCCGCCGGAGGGCGAGGAGGCCUCCUGGUCCUGGGAGGACCUCGUCGCCGACGUGCUCGCCAUCCUCGACGCGCUCGCCGUCCCCAAGGCGUUCGUGGUGGGCAAGGACUUCGGCGCGGUGCCGGCGUACGAGUUCGCGCUGCAGCACCCGGGCCGCACCGCCGGCGUGGCGUGCCUCGGCAUCCCCUUCAGCCCCGUGCCCUUCUCCUUCGAGGCCACCAUGCCCGAGGGCUUCUACAUCCUGCGCUGGGGCGAGCCUGGCAGGGCGGAGGCGGACUUCGGCCGGUACGACGCGAGGCGGGUGGUGCGCACCGUGUACGCGCUCUUCGCCGGCGCCGAGGUCCCGGUGGCCGGGGAAGGCCAGGAGAUCAUGGACCUCGCCGACCUGUCCACGCCGCUGCCGGAGUGGCUCGCCGAGGAGGACCUCGACGCCUACGCCGCGCUCUACGAGAAGUCCGGCUUCCGCUACCCUCUCCAGAUGCCGUACAGGUCUUUGCACAAGAUGCCGAACCGGCUGGACGCCAAGUUCCAGGUGCCGGUGUUCAUGGUGAUGGGGGAGAAGGACUACUGCCUCAAGUUCCCGGGGUUCGAGGCCGCGUUGCGGGGCGGCGCCAUGGAGAGCUUCGCGCCGGACCUGAAGAUCGCCUACAUCCCGGAGGGGAGCCACUUCGUGCAGGAGCAGCUGCCGGAGCAGGUCAACGAGCUCCUCCUCGGCUUCUUCAAGGACCACCCCACGGUCGCUGUCGCAUAAGGAGAGCGAGCGAGCGAGAUUCGAGAGUAACAUUUGCCGCUGGCUUGGUCUGAAUUUGUCAAUGAUAAAAAUGUACUUGAUCCUAUUUCUCUCACUCGAUGAUUGCCGUGUUUCACUCGGUAAUAGGGGAUCAAAGUAAACAACGCGUGUUUAGUACCUGCAAAUAAACGAAUGGUGUUUCUUCA